UAUUCUCACAACAGAGGAUUGCCAAAUCUCAAUAUCUCUCUCCAUUUUUGUAUUAUAUAAAUAUAUUCUCUCUCUCACUCACCUUCUCGGCUACAAAUUCCAUUUCUUUUCUUUUCGUUUAAUUAAGAGGAGUGGAAUAACUAAGAAAAGAUAAAAAAGAAAAAAGAAAAAAGAAAAAAACAGAGAGAGACACAUAAAAGCCUCUCUUCAAAGCAUGAGCACCUCUUCCUCUGUUUACAUUUCAACAAUUCCUCCCUUUAGAUCUUAGCUUCUCUCAAAUUUCCCAUCUGGGUCCUCUCCAAUAUGUUAUCAUGGAUUGGCUUUUGAUCGGUGCUAGAAGGAUCAGAUGGUCCUAGAUUGGAUUUGUUAAACACCCACCUUCCUUUUUUGACUGGGCAUCAUUCAGAUUCUAUCUAAAUCAUUUUAAACGGCAAGAGAUGGAAUCAGAUCUUGGUAAGCUCUUCAUUGGUGGGAUUUCAUGGGACACUGAUGAGGAACGUCUAAAGGAAUAUUUUAGCAAGUAUGGGGAAGUGGUUGAGGCAGUGAUCAUGAGAGAUCGAGCAACAGGCCGUGCCCGUGGCUUUGGUUUUGUUGUCUUUGCAGAUCUUACUGUUGCCGAGAGGGUCAUCAUGGAGAAGCAUGUGAUUGACGGCCGCACGGUUGAAGCAAAGAAGGCUGUUCCUAGGGAUGAUCAGCACAUUUUAAGUAGAAGCAUUAGUAAUAUUCAUGGUUCUCCAGGUCCUGGACGCACCAAAAAGAUUUUUGUUGGAGGCCUGGCAUCUACAGUUACCGAAAAUGAAUUUAAGAAGUACUUUGAGCAGUAUGGUAUUAUUAUUGACGUUGUAGUGAUGUAUGAUCAUAACACUCAAAGGCCAAGAGGCUUUGGCUUCAUCACUUAUGAUUCAGAGGAAGCAGUUGACAGAGUUCUGCAUAAAACAUUUCAUGAACUCAAUGGUAAAAUGGUUGAGGUCAAGCGGGCAGUCCCAAAGGAGUUAUCACCAGGGCCUAGUCGGAGCCCUCUGAUGGGAUACAACUACGGUUUGACAAGGGCUAACAACUUUCUUAAUUCAUAUGCUCAGGGAUAUAAUAUGAGCUCUGUUGGAGGUUUUGGAAUGAGGAUGGAUGGUAGGUUUAAUCCACUUGUCACUGGUCGAAGUGGCUUUGCUCCAUUUGGCACCAAUGGUUAUGGGACGAGUAUGAAUUUAGAGCCAGUCUUGAGUCCAAGCUAUGGUGGAGGUUCCAACUUUGGCAAUGCUCCUGCAUAUGGGCGGAUCUCAAGUCCCUAUUAUAGUAGUAAUCCAAGCAGGUACAGCACCCCAAUAGGUUAUGGUGUUGGGAAUGCAAGAAAUGAUUCUCUCUUGAGCCCUACUAGUAGGAAUGUUUGGGGAAAUGGGGGCCUCAACACUGCCACAAAUCCUGGCAGCCCGAGUCCUCUGGUGGGAUCUGGAUCUGGAAAUUUUGGAGUUUCAUUUGGGAAUAAUGGAGCAAAUUGGGGCACCUCUACUGUUUCAGCUCAAGGUGGAGGGAUUGCUUCUGGCUAUACUAGUGGCAGCAUGGGUUAUGGGAAUGGUGACAGCAAUUAUAGUUUUGGUGGGUCAGGAUAUGCAAGAAACAGUGGAGCUAGUGUACCACCAACUUCAUCAUCAUUCUCUGGUUCAAUUGGUGGUUAUGAGGGGUCCUAUGGGGAACUUUACCGUAGUGGUUCAGUUUAUGGUGAUUCAACUUGGCGAACUGCAAUCCCCGAGCUAGAUGGGUCCGGAUCAUUUGGUUAUGGACUCGGAGAUGUAGCUUCAGAUGUUACAACUAAGAGUUCUGAGGGUUUUAUUGGGAGUUAUGGCGUUACAAGUAGACAGUCAAAUAGAGGAAUUGCUACCUAGGAGAUCUGUUAAUGGAUAUCACUUGAUAAUUGUAGGUGAAGGAAUCUCUUUAAACAGGUGAAGAAUUGUGAAUUUCAUACGUCCCGUCUUGAUUACGUUCAGCUUAUAAAGAAAUUUAUCUUACAGAGCUAACGAGGGUUCUUGAUUUGCAUUAUACACAUUGAGAGAAAGCAGUUACAAGGGAUUUUGUUUAAGGUUUGCGAUUUGAUUAUUUUUUCUUUCUACAUUAGUCAAAAAAGCUUAGGUUCCUUUGGCAUUUGAGUGAGGUGUAAAAUCGGAUUGUGGAACAUAUACUCAGGAAGAUUGGUUCCAUAAAUGUAUGUGCAUCUUCAGCGAGGUGCCCCUGUGGUAGUGGUAGUUGGUUAAAAAAACAAGAGAAGGAUUUUCUUUCAUUUUCUUUUUUGAUUUUGCCUGCCUAAGGUGCUGGUUGCUGUCAGUAUUUUUCCUCUUUAUUUGUCUCUCCCAGAUUGUAUUUGAGGUUUUUUCUUAUCUGCUAGUGUGAAACAUUAUAAGGGAUGUUCUUUUACGAUCCCCACCCCCAGAAAUAAGUUACAUAAUAUUCUGAUUCAUUUUUUAUUAA